CACAUUAUUGGAAGAUAUCAGCGUUGACAGUGUUUUUCAAGUUCAACAUAGAAAUGUUUAUGAAAAUGAAAACCUAAGUGAUAUAACAGAUUGUAAUAAAGAAGCGAGUAAAGACCAAAUAAAUUCUAAAAAUUUUCUAAAUUUUAAUGAAAAAUAUCCAACAGAUCGAGGUUUAUUUGAAAAAAAUAUUAAUGACAUCUUAAAAAGAAGUAUACUGAAUUUUGGACCUUGUAAGCCAACAACAAAUUUUCCAUCAAAUAUUCACGGAAGACAGUUUUCUACACAAUAUUAUCAAGUUACUAUGAAAUCUGGGUUAAAAAUUCCUAGACGUUGGUUGUGUUACUCAAUUGUUCUUGAUAAAGCUUAUUGUGAAAUAUGCUGGCUCUUCGCUAAUAGGACUUAUGGAAAUUUCAAAUCUGAAUGGAUUAAUGGCAUUAAUGACUGGCAGCACUUGUCUCAAUGUAUACAAAGACACGAAACUAGUAUUCAACAUUUUGAUGCACUUAAAGUUCAUAAUUUGUGGGUCAAAAAUCAAACAGUAGAUGCAAAUUUAGAAAGACAGUAUUCAGAAGAAGCUACCAAGUGGAGAAAUGUUCUUAAACGUUUAAUACAAAUUAUUCUUACAAUAACUUCAGGAAAUACUGCUUUAAGGGGAAAUGAGGGAAGUUUAAAAAUUCAAAAUCCAACUGAAGGGAAUUUUUUGAGGAUUGUAAAAUUACUUGCUCAAUUUGAUCCUAUUUUAAACAAUUUAUUAAGUAAUGAAGAACAGAAGAUAAAGUAUUUAAGUUGGGCUAUACAAAAUUAAUUGAU